ACACACACACACACCAAAUCAUGGAGAGAGACAGAAAAGACUCUUUUCACACACACUGGCGCGCGUGCGCGCGCUCCCUCUCUUUCACACAUCUUGCGUUGAAGCGCUCGCUCAGAAGCGCUGUUAAAUCGACUGACAAACUGCGGAUGAAAAUGAGUGGGUCACUCGUGUUGGAGUAAACGCGUGUUUUCAAGCUCGACUCGAAACUCUGGACUGAUCACCAUGGGAGCUGUUUGGACUGCACGACUUCUCUGUUUGUUUUUGCUCUUGUUAAAUACUCGCCAAAGUGCCGCACUUCCACACAACACUGAUUCAGAUCAGUGCGCAGAGGGAAGCGAUGCCUGUCACAUUGACGCUAUUUGUCAAAACACAGCAACUUCAUACAAGUGCACAUGUAAAACAGGCUUUAAAGGGGACGGAAAACACUGUGAAGACAUUGAUGAAUGUGAUUUGGAAUACAAUGGUGGCUGUGUACACGAAUGUAACAACAUACCUGGAAAUUAUCGUUGCACUUGCCUCGAUGGCUUUCAUUUGGCACAUGAUGGCCACAACUGUCUUGAUGUAGAUGAAUGCGUUCUCAACAAUGGUGGCUGUCAGCAUAUAUGUGUCAACACCAUGGGAAGCUAUGAGUGCCGCUGCAAGGAGGGCUUUUUCCUGAGUGACAAUCAGCACACAUGCAUCCAUCGCUCUGUGGAAGGCCUGAGCUGCAUGAAUAAAGAACACGGCUGUGCUCAUAUCUGUAAAGAAACACCCAGAGGUGGCGUCGCCUGCGAGUGCCGGCCAGGCUUUGAACUGGCCAAAAACCAGCGCGGCUGCAUCCUGACCUGUAACCAUGGCAACGGGGGCUGCCAGCACAUCUGUGAGGACACAGAGCGCGGGCCUAUCUGCAGGUGUCACGGCAGGUACGCGCUGCACGCUGAUGGCAGAACCUGUGUAGAAAGGGACGAAACAGCACCCACCACCCCUGACCACAAUGCCACAGCCCUGGCCGAGGUCGACAAACGAGUCAAGCGUCGACUGCUCAUGGAGACGUGUGCGGUGAAUAACGGAGGCUGUGACAGCACCUGUAAGGACACAUCUACAGGUGUUCGCUGCAGCUGUCCUGUAGGAUUCACUCUUCAGCCUGAUGGCAAGUCGUGCAAAGACAUUGAUGAGUGUGAAGUCCACAACGGUGGCUGUGACCACUACUGCAGAAACACCAUCGGCAGCUUUGAGUGUAGCUGUCAAAAGGGCUUCAAGCUGCUGACGGACGAGCGUUCGUGCCAGGAUAUUGACGAGUGCUUUUUUGAGAGGACGUGUGACCACACUUGUGUAAACUCACCUGGUAGCUUCCAGUGUGUGUGCAACAAGGGCUACACUCUCUAUGGCCUCGCCCAUUGCGGAGAUAUAAACGAAUGCAGUUUGAACAAUGGAGGCUGUGAGCAUACUUGCGAGAACACCAUGGGAAGCUUUCAGUGCCACUGUCAUGCUGGGUACAAGCUGCACUGGAACAAGAAAGACUGUGUUGAAGCAGAGGACUCGGCCGCAGUGCCAUCACCUGCCAGGCCCACCCUUAACUGCAGUAAGCAGGGGGGAGGUGAGCACUGCUUCCUGACCUGCCAGUCUCAGGUUCAUAUCAGCAGUGGAGCUGAGGAUUCGUACACUGUGACCUGUGGCAUGCCUCUGCCCUGUCUUGCUGGAGGACAAAACAAGGAGAAUGGGUCGUACUGCCCAGGUUCAGGAAUCAAAACCAUUGCCACCUUUAAAUCUGGACAGGGGAAGUGCAAUCUGAAACGCAGUCAGGAAAAUCUUGCACAGAGCUUCAAAACUGCCCUGUCAGAUAAAAGAGCCACAGAGAAUGUCCAGUUCAGCUUUGUUAGCCUGCACUGUGCCUCUUCAAGCAGACAGCUGCGCAGUCGCCACGGACGGAAGGCCGGUGAGGAGGAAGGCUCGUCCAUUACUGCCCAGUUCGAGUUGGACGUGAACCUGGAGGAGGUAACAGCAGAGGGGUGUGACCUGGCAUGCGUUCGACGGCGCUCAGAAAAGCGGCUUAGGAAAACUAUCCGCACUCUUCGCAAGUCCAUCAACCGGGAGCAGUUCCACCUGCACUUCGCUGGAUCAGAGUACGAGCUGUCCAAGAAACUUGUCCGAACAGCUGACCCACCCGAGUACUGCGGCACGGGACAGGUUCUGCUCGACAAAAAAUGUGUGAAAUGCAGCGUUGGCACGUAUUAUGACGGAGAACAGGGGAGGUGCUUUCUGUGCCCCCCCGGGACAUACCAAGAUGAAGAGGGACAGGUGUCGUGCGAUGUGUGCCCGGGACCCGAAGGCAGGGGAUUCCCGAGAACCGCAGGAGCACGAAACGUCUCCGAAUGUGGAGGUCAGUGCCGUCCUGGUCAGUUCUCCAAUGAUGGUUUUGUGCCUUGUCGGGCCUGCCCACAAGGUACCUAUCAGCCUGAAGUUGGCCGCACUUCCUGUUUCACAUGUGGAGGAAGCCUUACGACCAAAUAUGAUGGUGCUGUGUCAUUCCAAAACUGUGAGACUAAAGUCCAGUGCUCUCCAGGACAUUACUACAACACUAGCACCCAUCGCUGUAUCCGUUGUCCUGUUGGAACCUAUCAGAUGGAGUUUGGCCAAAACUAUUGCAUUGCCUGCCCUGGAAGCACUACCACUGAUUUUGAUGGAUCAACGAACAUUAUGCAGUGCAAAAACAGACACUGUGGAGGAGAGCUUGGAGAAUUCACCGGCUAUAUUGAAUCUCCCAACUAUCCCGGCAACUACCCAGCCAACAUCGAGUGCACCUGGACGAUCACCCCUCCUCCCAAGCGCAGAAUCCUGGUUGUUGUACCUGAGAUCUACCUUCCCAUUGAGGAUGAGUGUGGAGACUAUUUGGUCAUGCGAAAAAGCUCUCUGCCCAAUUCAGUGACGACCUACGAGACAUGCCAGACUUACGAACGGCCUAUCGCCUUCACCUCCCGUUCCAAGAAACUAUGGAUUCAGUUCCGCUCCAAUGAAGGAAACAGUGGGAAAGGCUUCCAAGUGCCUUAUGUUACAUAUGAUGAGGACUACCAGGAGCUCAUUGAAGACAUUGUUAGAGAUGGAAGAUUAUAUGCUUCGGAGAAUCAUCAAGAAAUUCUUAAGGACAAGAAGCUUAUGAAGGCUCUAUUUGAUGUCCUUGCCCAUCCACAAAAUUUCUUCAACUACACUGCACAGGAGUCUAGAGAAAUGUUCCCCAAAUCCUUUAUCAGAUUCCUGCGCUCCAAAGUUUUACGAUUUCUACGGCCCUAAAUUUUGAGAAAUAAACAUUUGGUGGGCCACUCAAAUUUUUAAUGACUAAUCUGGAACAAAUGUCCCUUCUUGGCUAUCUGCAUACUCUGCGGGGAUCAGGACUCUCUCUUGGACUUAAUGAGAUAAAAACUCAUGAGAAAUGAGAAAUUCUUCAGAGAAUCUUUCUCCAGAGGAAAACGAACUAUUCGUGUAUCGGGAAAAAAAGGAAGAAAAGGUCCUGCCUCUUUCAUUUUUUUUAUAGCCCUGGGGCUACUAUGUUGCCCAGAUAUGUUACAUACUGCCUGAAAAAUGGUUAAAAACAAAAAUAUAAAGCGUUUAAAAAGAGCUUGGUACAUAUUGUAGGUUGUAAUCAACUGUUUUUUAAAAUAAUAUGUUGGCCUUAUUUUUGAUACUUUAGAGCACUACUAAGAAUGUAGUGAAAGUUAAAGCAGUUAAAGUCUUUUUGUGAGUCUGAAUAUGUUGUACAUUAUGUAAAAAUAGCUCUCGCAUAUGCUCUCAUGAUACUGUAUUGUAUUCUUUUUUUUUGCAUUGUAGCCUUUUUCAUGCCUCUUUGUAUUCUUCAGUUGUCCUUAGUAAGAAACUUUAGGUGUACAAAAUAUUUUCUAGAAAUUAUGAUCACUUGGUUUAUCAGUAAUAAUAACAACGAUAUCUAACUUUGAUUCAUUUUUCACACAAAAACUCGCCAAAGCUGAAUCUUAGAUUGCCAAUUGAUGACAUGCAGAGUAAAUUAAAUGUUUAUAUUUUUAUGUUUAUACAUCUAACAUGUAAAUAAACAAAUACA